UACGCAGUAAAACAUGACAAGGCUGAUACGGAGUAUCCCGCCCGACGGUGAACAAUUUUUAGGUCCAACGUGGACACGUUUUAACGUGACUUUUUUUUUUCUCCCGGUGGAAAAUAACGGUUAAACACAAUAUACUUAACCUUUGUCAUAGUUUGUAAGCAAGCGGUACGUUGAAGAGUUUUCUGCCUGCCUCAGCCAAUUAGCGCGAGUUCUGUAGUUUGUGAGGGGCGUUCACCGCUCGAGAGCCCGAGCUAGCUAACUGCAGUUCAACUAGCUCGCAAGCUAGCGUUGCAAUUACCGAGUGGAGAUCACUGUCUGCCGGCUCUGUCCAGUUGACAAGCCGCUUAUGUAAUGUUGGCAAUUCCGCAUUCGACACCCUAGCAAGCUAGCUAACGUUAUUCCUAAUACGGCGGCAGUAUGGUUUUAUCAUCAAGUAGGCUACCUGUAUUUGAAAAGAGGCGGAAAUUAACAUCUUGACGACUGUUAUUCUUUGCGUGUCAUUUUUUUUUAGGUUUAGCUAGAUUGUCGCGGUCUGGGUUUAAAGCAAACUAAUGUAAAAUACCACAGCUAGUGUUGGAAACAGCAACAAGCUGGCAAUACGGCUUGUUAACAAACAGGCGGGGGAAGUCGGCACAACUGUCGUGACGGACUUGAAGUGAAAGAUCCUUGGAUUUUAUAGUGACGUUAUCAAUCGACAACCUGGGAAUGAACAUGUUUGAUUCGUAAUGUUCAUAUAGCUUGGAGAGAUGGAUCGCGUGCUAGAACACAGCAAUAAUCAGGACGAAAGUCUGGCGUUAGGAGAUCGCGCCAUGAGAGGCCUGUUGACAAACAUAUGCAGCGCCCCGUCCACCACCCCAGUCUCUGUUUCUAGCGACGUUUCCAACGGACUGAGCGGUAGUCGCCUUCAGCGGGAGCUCUCUGUGGCUGGACCGGCGUCAGUGGGACGUAGCACUCAGGAGACAGAUAACAAGGUAUUUGCAAAGCCAUUCAGGUUGCAGCAGAAGCCAAAAGAUGCCCUGGGCUCUAGCUUCGGAGAUAACUUUGCACUCUUGGAUGAGAGCAUUGCAGAAUUAAGUCGCACGUCUACCUCAGUCAGUUCUGGUGUUCUGGCCCCUGAGUCGUUUCCUUUUAAAAUGGAGGAGUUUUCCCCUCCAGAGAAGGCCAACUACGACUUCGGCCCUUACAACCAGCCAGACCGGGACGUGUAUGGGGCGGACAGGCUGCUGGAUGACAGCACCCUGGACAUCCUGCAGGGUCUGGAGCUCCCCGACCUGGGCGUGGCCGAGGACACCUUGUUGUCGCUGGGGAUGGAGGACACCCUGCACGGGGAUGGCAGCUGUGGUGUGCUGAAGGACACCCGGCCUGCAGGCGACUUUGGCAGUGUAAACGGCAGAGUUGGGCAGGGUGCCCAGCGGGCACAAGAGCCCCCUGCCAGCCUGCCCUCCAUAAAGAUGGAGGAGGACACUGAGUACAUCCAGCUGUGCACACCUGGAGUCAUCAAACAGGAAAGCGAGAGGCGGAGCUACUGCCAGUUGUCAGCAUUGCCCGUGCAGCACGGAGGGGGCGUUGGCCACGUGGACAGGCAACCAUACCCCUACACUGCCGGCUCAGCCGUGAGCUUGCCCGACCACAAGCCCCCGCUGGGCUUGUACGCCUCUUUGCCGACUGCCGCCACUACUGAUGGAUGGGUCCGGGGCAAUGGGUACAGCGACACGUCGGGUCUGCCAAGGGGCAGCGAGGCCAUGCCUCAACUUUUUUCGCCCACGUACACCUACAGCAGCUCAGCGCCCCGGCCAGAUGGUCCCACCACCUCCUCUGGCCCCGCCUCCGGCCCCGCACGGCCCACCUCCAAGAUCUGCCUUGUCUGCUCAGAUGAGGCGUCGGGAUGCCACUACGGCGUGCUCACCUGUGGCAGCUGCAAGGUCUUCUUCAAAAGAGCUGUAGAAGGAUGGAGAGCACGACAAAACACAGAUGGCCAACACAACUACCUUUGCGCUGGGAGGAACGACUGCAUCAUCGACAAGAUCCGCCGCAAGAACUGCCCCGCCUGUCGCUUCCGCAAAUGCCUCCAAGCGGGCAUGAACCUGGAAGCACGGAAAAACAAGAAGCUAAUCCGGCUGAAGGGUCAGCAGCCGCCGGCCGCCUGUGCCUCUGUGUUGCCCCUGUCCGAGGAGCGGGCAUGCACGCUGGUGCCCAAGUCUAUGCCGCAGCUGAUGCCCACCAUGCUAUCCCUACUCAAAGCCAUCGAGCCCGAGAUUGUCUACUCCGGCUAUGACAGCACCCUCCCGGACACCUCCACCCGCCUCAUGACCACCCUCAACAGGCUGGGUGGCCGCCAAGUCAUCUCUGCCGUCAAGUGGGCCAAGGCUCUACCAGGUUUCCGGAGCCUGCACCUGGAUGACCAGAUGACGCUGCUCCAGUGCUCCUGGCUCUUCCUCAUGUCCUUCAGCCUGGGCUGGCGCUCCUACCAGCAGUGCAACGCAGGCAUGCUCUGUUUCGCCCCCGACCUCGUCAUUAAUGAGGAGCGCAUGAAGUUGCCCUACAUGGGUGAGCAGUGCAGGCAGAUGCUGAAGAUCGCCAACGAGCUGGUGAGGCUGCAGGUCUCCUACGACGAGUACCUCUGCAUGAAAGUCCUUCUGCUCCUCAGCACAGUACCAAAGGACGGCCUGAAGAGCCAGGCGGUGUUUGAUGAAAUUCGCAUGACCUAUAUUAAGGAGCUGGGCAAAGCCAUCGUGAAGCGGGACGAGAACUCCAGCCAGAACUGGCAGAGGUUCUACCAGCUCACCAAGCUUUUGGACUCCAUGCAGGAGAUGGUGGAGGGGUUGCUGAAUUUCUGCUUCUACACGUUCGUGAACAAGUCCCUGAGCGUGGAGUUCCCAGAGAUGCUGGCCGAGAUCAUCAGCAACCAGCUGCCAAAGAUCAAGGACGGCACCGUCAAGCCGCUCCUCUUUCACCAGAAAUGACUGCCAAUGAUGCCGAUGCCUUAACACUGCCAUGAGCCCUACCCCCAGCCUGACAGCCAUGCGCAACACAGAGCACGCCCGCUGCCCCGAGUACGCCCACCUGCCAGAGUAGGCCCUCAGUUAUGAAGGACUGGGCGAAUGAGACCAUGCCUUUAUUUGGUGUGUGUGUGGGUUUGUGGGUGUGGGGGUGUGUGUGUGUCGUUCACAGAGCAUGGGGGAAAAAAAUCUGAGAGACAGAUGAUGGGGAAUGAUUUUUGGCAGUGCUGAGAAAAAGAUGAACACAUUUUCAGCGCUUUACUGUCAUGAACCCCAGCGAACCAUUAACCUGGACUAGGCCAAUUUUACAGAUUUCAACAACAAUGGAAUAUUUUCUAUAGAUUUUUUUCUAUUGAUUUCUUUGCAUGUACACUGCUGCGUUAUUUACAAAGGUAUAUCAGAAAAGGGAAAAUGUGCCUUUAAAAAAAAAAAAAGGAAAAAAAAGCUAUUUCUCUGUCCAGUGCAAGUAAAUGGCAUAUCCGCUGUUUGUGUUCUUGUCUUGUGCCUGUCACGACCUUUCCACUUUCAAAGUCUUUCAAAGCCGCUGCAUCGGUUUGCUAACCGUGGCAGCCCAGCAACGCUCAGAGGGGGACAGUGUCGAGAGGAUCGCGGGGCUUUCAUAUCAGGUGCUUGCAAGACUGCUGCCCAACACACAGCCCACUGGAAACAAACAACACUUUCAGUUUGUAUGUUGAGGUUUUGAAUUGCCACGUGCUUUUCUAGAAGCAAAAUUCAUACCUCAUUGUUUUUACAGACGGGCAUUGUUUUUUUCGGUGGGCAAAAGAAAAAAAAACAAAACAUCAGCAUUAAUCCUAGUACUAAUCCUACAAGCUGGUUCCUUUCAGAAACAAGAAAGUAAAGUGAGAUUUCUCCCUUUCGAAAAGCACACCGAAAAUUGAAAACCUUUCUUUUAUUGCUCAUCAUGUUGGCGACAGGCAACCGAAGCAAACCUGAAAAGGAAAAAUAUUCUUUGGGUGGAGUUCCCCCUUUACCCGGCACACAGCCACCGUUGAUGACCUCAGAUCGGCUGUCCUAUCAGUACCCACCUGUCAGGAACCAGCCCUCAGGAGUGUAUCCCGUAGUAUUUAAAGAGGAGUGGGAAUGAUUGGGGGGAGGGGGGGGGGUUGCCAGGGGCAGGGAGCCACAGCUAUAUGCCACGGUACUGUCCUGUGGGAUCUCCUGGGAAACACCUGUGGUGCCAGUGUGGAAAAGUACCAGUGGAUGUGGUUUUUGACAGGGACAGAAAUCUGUUUGAUCUGAGAGACGAAGCAAUUGCCAUGCGUCCCUCACACAAGCCUUUAAGUGAGAUCCGUUCAUGACUUUCAGGACUGUGCACAUUGAUUCAUGGCGCUUGAAAGUAUUAGAGAACGCUUUUGUUCCUGCUUAGUGUGACUGGCAUUUGUUUAAGUGCAAAGAAAAAUUCCCUGUCCACAAAAGCACUAGAUUAGGCUGUGUGUAUGUCAAAAGACCACUUGGAUUCUCUAAGGGAGGACCGAUGCAGCUUGUGCGCAUACAAAUAAUUUAAAAAGAUUGUUUUCAAACUUCAUAACAUGUCUGUCUACCAAUUUGUUUUUUAAGACCCUUUUAAAAGUGUUUUGGAUGGAGUUCAUUUAAUAAAUGCAAGUUCUUAAGCCUUAAGAUAGGGUCACCAACCCAGCUAUAAGACGUCUGACCGUUGGAGGGCAUCGGUGACGGACUGUUCUCUGUAUUCAGAAAAUUGUGUUCUGCACUUUUGGCUCUAGCUGGUCCUCAUCAGUGCUGUUUUGAGUGAUUGUGCACAUUGUAUCUCCGUCGAUGAUUGGCCAUGAGGGAGAGCUUUCUGAUUGGCUGUUCAGUAUAAAUUUGACAUCAAAUGAGAAUUUACACACAAACUGCAUAAGGGUUUUUUAUGUCACAUUAUAGCUUGAUCUGUAGAGGCAAUGUGCUAGGCUAACAUUUUAUUUUGCUACAGGGAAAAUGUCUAGUGAACAGAUGGAGCAUUUUUCAUUACCUUGUUACCAUAUGCAAUUUUAUGGCAGGGAGGCGCUCGAGAAGAGAUGGGAGUCACUCAGAACUCACCUAUAAUCAUUUUAAGAAGCCUGCAACAUCGGGAAGCAGCAGUUUUUCUUUUGAGUUCUCUUUUGCGCAGGCGCAGAAUGUACAUGUAUGUCAUUUGUUGUGUUCAAGUGUAAAUACCCACAAGUGACGUGGGCAACAGUGUGCUGACAGAAGUCGAUCAUCAGUCACUCGCAGUUGCUAUCAGUUAUUCACUGUCAGGUUGGUGUUUCCCUGUGUCCUUUUCACAUUUGGACCAGUGGGUUAACUGCAAGUUCACAGUUUAAAAAAAAAAAAGGGGGGAGGGGGGGAACAAAACAGUGUUUACACUGUUCACUAUCUUCGCACGAUCUCACUUCUUUCCCUCAGGGUUAUGUCGACGAAGGGUAAUGUGUUUUGGAUUUCCUUUCACAUACACAGCAAUGUUCCCAAGGCCCGAGCCACUGUGUCACACAGUCAUUCUAGCCCCCUUCAUUCGUCCUAGAAGAAACAUACUUUUGCUAUAUAGCAUGAUUUGAAGCAUAUGCCUUCCUAGCAAAUAGACUGAAAAGAAUGAUUUGUGCAGAUUGGUUUUGAAUGGGCAAAAUCAUCAAUGGGUUUUGUAAGUAGUGUCUUUGUUUUGUACUAUUAAUUCACAGUAGGCCUUGAAGGGAGACAGUGAGCCAUAAGAGGUGUUUGAAUUCAGGAAUACUUAUCCAACAGCCACUCUAGAAAACUGAAUUGUCUGGAAUCCUUCACUAAUUUAAAUAUUACAAUUCUAUUUCAUAUUUGAAUCGCUUUACUACAGAAAAUUGUAUUGCGUGACACUUUUAUCAUUUUUGUUUGUAUUUUGUAAACAAAAAAAUUGCACAUUUACUUUUUAAAAACUUGUUAUAAUGGUUGACUUGUAAAUGUAUAUGUAAAUGUAAAUUCUAUAAAUCAAUAGGAAAGUCAAGAGAGAUCACUGUUUUUAAAAAACCACAGGUUGGGAUUUAAAGUACAGAGGGACAAGGGACUGGAAUAACUCAUUUUGUAUAGUGCAAAAGAAUGACCAAAGCAAAGUGGAUAAUUAAACAAAACUGGUGUUUCUGAAGCAGUUACAUUUUACAGUAGCACUUAUCCCAAGUCUAGAAUGUAUUGUUUGCUCUCCUUUUCUAUUUCUUUUGUAAAGUUCUAGGAAUUUGGCCUAAUGUGUACUGCUGUGAAAAUCAAGUUACUUCAAAAGAAAAAAAAAAGUGUGGGAGGACGUGUGAUAAAACUGUGUGAAGAGAAUCUACCAGAGCUCGGGAAUUUGCACUACCCUAAUACUGGUCUAAGAAAGCCUGUUUUGUACAAAAUCCAUGCAAAUGUUAUCUUUAAAGAUUAAGGGCCGAUUAUGUUUCACUUGUAUAUGGCUUAUAUUCAAGUCUGUUUUGUUUGUAUUUCAUUUAUGUAAAUGUAAUCCAGCGUAAAGAAUAAUGUCUAUUUGUUUUAAAGAAAAAAUAGUUUUGUAUUACACUUAAGUAGUCAAUGUCGAUCUUUACACCUAUUUGAUUAAAUGUUCUACACAAAGUCA